AUUUUGGGGAUAAAUGAAUGAAGGUUCUCUAUCGUGGGCUGUCGUCGACGUCUCUCUGGUGACCGGUGGUAGCCAUCCGCUCCUUCUUUUUCUCUCCAGUUAUCUAGAGAUCUUUUGAUCGUGGUGGCAAAGGGUGGCUGGUUUUGGGUCUUAAGUUCGGAUUGUCUUCUCGCCUCUCGUCUACCUCCUUGCUUCGCCUUGCUGAUCUCGGCGAUUCGGUGAUGCCAAUAGCCUUCCCCUUGAAUCGUCUCGGAUGCGGUUGGGAGAUCAGAAGACAAAGACUCGAUCUAUGUGUUUUGUCGUUGGGCGCCCAUUCGUUCCGAAGUUAUGAUCGUGCAUGUUGCUUGUGGGAGCAUCUGAAGACGUUCCGGUCCGAUGAAGUUAGGUUUGAAGGCGAGUUUGGGUUCCGUUGGGUUCGUCUUGCUCCGAUCCUCAUCUAGGCUGGUAACCUCUUGCGUUCCGGCCUCGUUUCGCUUUUUGUGGAUUGGAUUUUCUCGUGCUGGUGCGGCGUUUCGAUGGCGGUCAACGUGUGAUGAUUUUGCCAGCGACGACGGCUACACAUGGAGAUGGAAUCAGCUAGGGUAUGGGGUUGUUCUUCAUUGGGCUCUUUGUGUGUGUUUGUGGGCUAAUAUGUUUGGUCUUUUGACACUUCUUUUAGGCCUAUGUGUUUGGGCUUUUUUUCCUCCC